UUCUGUGGUACCUACAGCGAGGACGGCAACAUUUUCAUGUCUGCUUGUCAAGAUGGCAUGCUCCGUCUCUAUGAUGCACGAGGUUCAGAAUUUAGGCUUACGGCAGCCGUGCAAGCCCGCGAUGUUGGCUGGGCCAUUGUUGACACCUGCUACUCGCCGGAUCAGCACUUUUUGAUUUAUUCCUCUUGGAGUCAUUUUGUGCACCUCAUCACCCUGGAUGGCAGUCGGCACGAAGCCCUCGACGUUGCUGGAGAUCUGGCCCAAGCUGGCUCGGUUUGCCCAUUCAGCAUUCGCUUUUCCAAUGAUUCACGCGAGAUUAUCGGCGGCACCAACCACGCCUCCAUUUUCAUUUAUGACUGCGUUCGGGAUACGCGUCCAGUAGCCAUAUCAGCACAUGAAGAUGACGUCAACGCCGUGGCAUUUCUUGACGAUUCAUCCAACCUCUUUGUCACCGGAUCAGACGAUUGCCUCUGCAAGGUCUGGGAUCGUAGGAUCGUCGACGACGAACGUGACGAGCCUGUGGGCGUUUUUCGGGGACACAGCCAUGGCAUCACAUAUAUUGAUCCCAAGGGCGAUGGACGGCACUUCAUUUCUCAGAGCAAAGAUUGCAGCAUCAAGCUGUGGGACCUACGAAGGGUAUGUUCCGCCCGGCACACCGCAGCCCCACGUGUGGCUCUCUCAGAUUAUCGUUGGGGCAUCUCCGGCCGGCCUCAGCGCCAACUCCGUGAUGACACCUCACUCAUGACAUAUCGGGAUCAUGUUGUGGCUCGUACACUCAUCCGGGCACGCUUUUCACCCGAGUUCAGCACAGGGCAAAAGUACAUUUAUUCGGGCUCUGCAAACGGCUGUAUCUACGUCUAUGACAGUUUAACUGGAAAGGUAGCAUCACGGCUUAAGCCCCAUGCGGACACCAUUGUCCGAGACGUAUCAUGGCACCCCUUCAAACCUUACAUUGUUUCCUCG